GGUCACAUGACCGGUCGGUCUUGUGACACUUCUCAGAUCCAGCCAUGGCAGCCGCGGGGUUCCUCGCUCUGUGCGCUCUCCUGGCAGCGCUCCUGCCCCCGGCCCUCGCCAGGUACCAACCCACCUGGGACUCGCUGGACAAUCGGCCGCUCCCGCCCUGGUUCGACGAGGCCAAGUUCGGGAUAUUCCUGCACUGGGGGGUGUUCUCGGUGCCGUCCUUCGGGAGCGAGUGGUUCUGGUGGAACUGGCGGCAUGAGAAGAACAAGUCCUACAUGGAGUUCAUGGAGGACAACUACCCGCCCGGAUUCACCUACGCAGACUUCGCCCCUCAGUUCACUGCAGAGUUCUUCGACCCGGACGAGUGGGCCGAACUGUUCCAGGCUGCUGGGGCUCGCUAUAUAGUCCUGACCACUAAGCACCAUGAAGGAUUUACCAACUGGGGUUCUCCAGUUUCCUGGAACUGGAAUUCUGUGGAUACUGGGCCUCAUCGUGACCUCGUGGGGGACUUGGGAACUGCCCUGAGAAAAAGGAACUUGCGCUAUGGUUUGUACCAUUCUUUGUUGGAGUGGUUUCACCCACUUUAUCUAGCUGACAAAAAUAAUGGAUUCAAGACUCAGUAUUUUGUAUUUGCAAAGACCAUGCCUGAAUUAUAUGACCUGGUAACAAGGUACAAGCCAGAUUUGGUCUGGUCAGAUGGAGAUUGGGAAUCACCAGACACCUACUGGAACUCUACAGAUUUCCUGGCUUGGCUCUACAACGACAGCCCGGUCAAGGACACUGUAGUGGUAAAUGACCGGUGGGGAAGUAACUGCUCAUGUCAUCAUGGUGGGUACUACAACUGCGCAGAUAAAUACACACCCAAAACUCUACCGGAUCACAAGUGGGAGAAGUGUACAUCUGUGGACCACUACUCGUGGGGAUACAGACGGAAUAUGCAAAUUAACCAGAUAAUGGAUGAGGGAUCUAUUAUUCAAGAACUUGUGGAGACUGUGUGUUAUGGAGGAAAUUACCUUCUGAAUGUGGGGCCCAGCAAGGAAGGUUUGAUAAUGCCCAUCUUCCAGGAGAGACUGCGUGCUGUUGGAAGUUGGCUGAGCAUUAAUGGAGAGGCAAUCUAUGCUUCUAAGCCUUGGCGGGUGCAGAAGGAGAACUCCACAAACUCUGUUUGGUACACCAGCAAUGGCAGUAUAGUAUACAGUAUCUUCUUCAUAUGGCCCUCUGACAAUGUGCUGACGCUUCCUUCCCCCAAAUCAACCUCUUCCACCAACGUAACUUUGCUGGGGAUCACUGGUUAUCUUCCUUGGAAACCAGACCAAGAGCUAGGGCUGCAUGUUCAGCUACCCACCAUUCCUCCAGGAACGUUUCUUGUUGCCAGUGGAUGGACUCUAAAACUGGAGGGUGUAAAUUAAAGCUUUCUGCCAUGCAAAAAGGAGGUAUCAUUUUGCAGUGGAAGAGUUGGCACACAACACAAUCAUGAAUUUUGUUCAAUCAGCGAAUAUAUGUUUUGAAGAGACAUUAAUUCUCAAAUGUGUAAUUAGUUCAUGUUCAAGGAACGAAUGAACCUGUCGUGAUUAGAUAUAUCUACCUCUUGUAACUUGAGGGCUUAAACCAAAUCACUUUUUUUGGCCCUUUCUUUCAAAAUCGACUUUCACUUCUUAAUUGGCACCAGAUGAUGGUCGAUAUUUCUCUUUUGUAUAUAUCACUUUUUUAGUACUAGAUUUGAGUUUGCAAUUUAUGGUAAAUUACUGAAAUGCACUAUUGAACUAGGUACCAUUGCCCUCUGAAUAUGGCUGCAUAAUUUUAUUUGUGCCUUUUGUUUAAUACAUACAAGCAGGUUGCUGGAUCGAUG